CGUAGUAUGAUAUCGCCAGACAUUCCGGACAUCCCGAAUACUGCACCCGCGAGCCCGGCUUCUGACCGCACCGUGCGCCCAGGCAGUGCCAUGUCUCGCCGCUCUGGCUUUGAGCAACCGGUACAGCGCGCACCAUCAGCGUACGGCGGAGAAUACGGCGUCGCCGCUCGAGCUCCAAGUAGAGCGGCAAGUGUCAGAGAUGCUGUAUAUGCCCAACCAGUUUACGAUCGAGCUCCAAGUCGCGCAGGGAGCAUUGCCGCCAGUGCAAGAAGCGCUGCCUAUGCCGCGCCGGACCCGGUUUAUGAGCCGCCUCAACCACUUUAUGAGCGCUCUGCGAGCCGAGCAGCCAGCGUUCGUGCCCCCAGCGUUCGAGAGGCUGCCUAUGUGUCGCCGACCGCUGUAGACAUCUCGUCCAUGGUAGCAUAUAACCGUCCAGCAAGUCGCGCGGGGACGAGCCGUGGAGUGGAAGCCCAGGACUUCGCACGACCGGCCAGCCGAGCAACAAGCAUUGCCCCUGGUCGUGAUUAUGGUGACAAUGCCUACCGGGCUCCCAGCCGAGCUGGCAUUGUUGCUCCCCCAGUGCAAGAUGGGACAUAUGGGGCGCCGUUUAGAGCACCUAGUCGUGCUGGCAGCGUCGCGCCUUCUGGCCGGAACGAGUUCGGCGGUGGGUAUGCUGACGCGACCGCCGUACCCCUGCCGGUAUCAGUUGCGCCGUCCAUUGCGCCGCUUCCGCCAGACACUGGCUAUGGGUCCACAUCCGCAGCUGCAGGCUAUCCAUUCCCACCUUCAGAUAACCGUACGGAGUAUGCCCGAACACCGGGUCGUCCAUAUGACAAUCUGCCUAACCCAUAUUCGCCGACUCGUGAUAUGCCGGUGCGACCGCCUUCUCGUGCUGUCUCGGUCGCUGCCAGCAUGGUUGCAAGCCCGACUCCCCCCACACGGCCUAUGGCGCCUCUUUAUGGCUCUGGUCUUCCACCACCUGGUAGACCUGUCAGCAGGGCACAGAGCGUGCGCGCUCCCGGCACGAAUAGGAGCUAUUAUUCACCGCUGCCCGAAAGUGCCUGGGGUAGCUCCGUCGACUCAACAACACAAGCACGGCCGCUCAGUAGGGCUCAGAGUAUGCGGCCGCCAGGAUCGAGCAGAAGCAAUUAUCCCCCGCUGCCUGAAUCGGUAGGCGGGACAAACUGGGGCAGCCCUACGGAAACUGUCCAGGGGCGUCACGCUAACGGUGAAUCGAGUUUUGGGGCAUUUGUCCCUCCUGGAAUGGCUGCUAGGAGUCCCUAUUAUGACGCGGCGCCCGAGGAUAACGAGUUCGGUGGUGUACAUCGCAGCCGAUCAAAGAUGUCCAUGAGAUCACAACGUUCGGCUUUCCGGGACCCUAAUCCUGCUAGCAACGAAGUUGACAUGGCCUUCCUUGCCAACGGUCGUCACGAAUCCGUCCUUGCUGAUCAAGUGCAUUCCCGGCCUGUAUCGAGGGCAUCCAGUCUGAGAUCGGCGAUGAAGAAAACCCCUCACUUCGGAGCGAGGAAUAUCGAAAUUGAGAAUGAAGUUGAUCCGGAUAGUUAUCGCUGAGUUGGGCAGACCGUAAGCAAGUCUGCUGUAUAUG